AGCACCUUCUGGCGCAGGCCACGGCCAUUUCUGUCCUCGAUUUCCCCUUCACAUAAUCACCAGACUUCAACUAUUACUCAUAACAAACGACAAUGAUGGCUCCCAAGGCUCUUUGAAAGUCACCCAUCCGCCCGUCGCAAGUUCUCUCUUUCUCGACCCAGGGGUGAACAUCCGUUCUAUUCCGUUACCUCCGAACACCUUGGAGCUUUCGUGUCCGCAUCAUCGCUAUCUUAGACUUGCGAACCUCUUCGAUCUUGUUGUUGUUGGACCAAAUUUCCCCGACAUUACUCUCAAUUCCCGUCUUCCGUUACCCGACUUACCACUAACAUGUCGAGUUCUGCCUCUGGCGACUCAGGCGGUGGCCGUUCGAUGGAGUCACGAGUGGGUAGAAGCAAGCAACGCUACAACACUAAGGGUGAACGACUCGUCGCUGGCAUUGUGCCUCUUACGUCCGAUCAAAAUUAUGUGCUAUUAAUCCAAUCAACACGACGCAAAGGUUGGGUUUUGCCUAAGGGCGGCUGGGAAUCGGACGAGACCUGCCAAGAGGCUGCCGAACGAGAGGCUUGGGAAGAAGCUGGCAUCACUGUGCAAAUAAGUUACGACCUUGGCGACAUUGAUGAAAAGCGUGCGCCAAAAUCGUCGUCAAAAGAUCGGUCAAGAUACCACUUCUUCGAAGGCACAGUGACCGGCGAGUUUGACGAAUGGCCCGAAUCCCAUAAACGAGAACGCCAGUGGUUCACGUUUACACAAGCUUGGGAGGCAUUGUCAACGAGACCGGAGCUCCAGGAAGCAUUGCAGCGGUCAACUGUGAAACGUCAAUAACCGACAUUUCAUUUUCACAAACCAGGCGGACUUGGUAGCUGCCGUCCUUGUUAAAUAUCGAAGGAUUCUGCUAUACGAGGUCUGCCACCGACCGAGAUCUUGGUGAUGCCUGGACAAUGUCACCAAGACUCUGCCAUUCUCUCAUCAUGAGAGGAAAACACACGCUCGAUUUGCGAAACCAUGGAUCUGAGCUUUAACGCUCUAUUUCCCAAUCUCCCCUUUUACAGUUUCCUUCACAGGGGCUUUACACUGUGCAUCCAUCCAAAGGCGUUUAGGCUGGACUAUGAUAGAGUAUUUGCUUUCUUUCUUACACUACUAAGAAUUCGGACGGGAUAGGGUAUCUGAGCGGCGUACUUAGGUGUAAGCAUUGAGAUCAGAGGGUUCUUGUUGCAAUAACACGGUUGGGACCGGAAAAGCGUUACAGAAAGGUUGGCUGCUAUCUGAAUCUUGCUUUUUUAUUAUCUGGCACAGCCCCAGAACCAACAUGAUGGGGAGGCGAGUAUGCACGCAAUUCAUCCCUUAGAAUGGAACGAAACCUUAGUAA